CCGGGAGCGGCCGCGCGUCUCGCAGAGCGACUUGCUGGCGGCUGGGUUCGCCGCCAACCUCACCUACCCGCUGACUCUCCGGCCCGACUCUUCUGGGAUGGGUGGCGGGGGGUGGGGGAGACCUCGGAGGGCGGAGUGACACGCGGAGGCGGGCCGGGCCCUUCCCCCCAGAGCCAGGGAGGAGGCGCCGCCAGGGCGCAGGUGAAACCGACUCGGCCCUAUCCCGGGAACUUUCGCUGCGGGGACUAGUUGCGAGAGGCUAGCGUCGCGCAGGGGGGCCUGGGAGCCGCCCUCUCUCUCCCAGACUGCCCGCGGGGAUCCCGCCCAGGGGCCACCGAAGGGUACCCACUGCCCUCCUGGCGCGCUCACCGGCUGCGGGCAGCGCUGGCCUCUGCCGCUGAUGGGGGCGGUUGGUGCCGCCCCGGGCGCAGGUGACAUUCGCCCAGCCAGGGUUUUCUCUGGCGGGGUAGAGCCCCCGGAGGGCGAAACGCAGACACCCCGGGGGCGGAGGACAAGGCAGCGAUGGCCCGAGAACUGAGCCAGGAGGCACUACUGGACUUUCUGUGCCAGGCUGGGGGCCGCGUGACCAAUGCUGCCUUGCUGAGCCACUUCAAGAGCUUUCUCCGAGACCCCGACUUGCCCCCCAACCAGCACCAGCACCGCCGCGAGCUCUUCAAGGGCUUCGUCAACUCGGUCGCCGCAGUGCGCCAGGACCCCGACGGCACCAAGUACGUGGUGCUCAAGAGGAGGUACAGGGACCUUUUGGGGGAGGAGGGGCUGCAGCCACCCCGCGAUCCGCCCGCAACCGCCCCCAGUGCAGGGGGAGCUGCGCCCUGCUCCCCGCGAGGCGCGCGCCGAGGGGAGCCUCCCCAGCCCAGGCGGCGGCGGCGAGAGAAGGAGCCGGAGGAGGAGCCAGCAGGUGCAGCAGCCAGAGCCGCCGACGCGGGUUGCAAUGGACUCCCAGCCAGCGGCGCCCGCGCGGCUCCCGGGAAGGGCAGAUCGAAGGGCAGCCCUGGACACAGGGCGCCGGUGCCCGCAGCUGCAGCAGCAGGGACCCAGGCGGGAGCGAGGUGCGCGGCGGCAGAGGCGCAGGGCCGCUGCUGCUGGGAAUGCCUCCAGAGCAGCCUGGCGGGGCUCCCGGGAGAGCUCGGCGCACUCCCGGACUCCGCCACCGCAGAGGAGAAGCCGGCGCGGGCUCUGCCCGCCCUGGAGGGCCGCGGGGCUUCCAGGGAGCGAGAAGAAGGCGCGUUGGCUGAGCCUGCGCCAGUGCCUGCAACACCUCGCUCGCCUCCGGCCACAGUCGAGGCUGCGACGAACCGGGCUUCUCUGCCUGCUCUCCAGCCCUGCACCGCUCCCCGCGGAGACCGGCCGGAGCUGCUGACUCCCAGCUCCCUGCAUUAUUCGACCCUGCAGCAACAGCAGCAGCGCACUCGAGAGUGGGUGGCCAGGCACCCGCAGGUGCCUGAGGCCCGUGAUCAGGGUCCUAUCCGCGCCUGGUCGGUGCUGCCUGACAACUUCCUCCAGCUGUCCUUGGAGCCUGGCUCCACGGAGUCUAACUCAGAGCCGCCAGAUCCCUGUCUUUCUUCACACUCUUUCUUUCCUGUUGCUCCAAAUGAAUCCUCGGAAUCCUGGCUGGGAAACCCUUCACUGACUGUCUUUCGCAGCAUUCGUUGUCAGCUGUCCCUCCAAGAUCUAGAUGACUUUGUGGACCAGGAGAGUCAUGGCAGUGAGGAGAGCAGCAGCGGGCCCAAAGAGUCCCCGGGGGCUUCUGAAGAAGGGUUGCAGGUUGUCUUGGGAACCCCAGAUCGGGGGAAGCUCAGGAAUUCAGCUGGGGGGGGCCUCUCUGUAUCUCAGAAAGAGGGUAGCCCCAGCCGGAGCGCUCAAGGCCUCAGAAACAGAAAGGAUGGUCACCCCUCUCAGCAGGUCCCUGCCGGGGCUAACGGCCUUGCAGGCCACCCCCUGGAGCCUUUGCCUUGGCCAGCUCCUAGGUUAAGGAGGUCCCUCAGAAGGAGCUCUCUGGCAGGAAGAGCCAAAUUGUCCUCCUCUGAUGAAGAGUACCUUGAUGAGAGCUUGCUGAGAAGAAGUCGGCGCCCACCUCGAUCCAGAAAGCCCUCCAAAGCAGGAACAGUGCCCAACCCAAGAGUAGAUGCAGCUUUAUCACCGAAGCUUGCAGAGGUUAAGGCUGUUGAGGCUGAGUGGGAUUGGCGACACAGCUUGUGGGCUCCUAGUGGGGAGGGGCCUGCAGCCUUGGCCUCCCACAGAACUUCUGAGCACAAAUCAUCCCUGGUUCCCCUAGAUGCCAGGGAGCACGAAUGGAUUGUGAAGCUUGCCAGUGGCUCCUGGAUUCAGGUGUGGACUUUGUUCUGGGAGGAACCUCAACUGGCCUUGCACAAAGACUUUUUGACUGGGUACACCGCCUUGCACUGGAUAGCCAAACAUGGUGACCUCAGGGCCCUUCAGGACUUGGUCUCUGGAGCAAAGAAGGCAGGGAUUGUCCUUGAUGUAAAUGUGAGGUCCAGUUGUGGGUAUACCCCGCUGCAUCUUGCAGCCAUUCAUGGCCACCAGGGAGUUAUCAAAUUGCUAGUGCAAAGGUUGGCUUCUCGAGUAAAUGUCAGGGACAGCAGUGGGAAGAAGCCAUGGCAGUAUCUAACCAGCAAUACCUCUGGGGAAAUAUGGCAGCUAUUGGGAGCCCCUAGGUGCAAGCCCAUUUUCCCAGUCUCUCCCUUAGUUGGAAGUUCUUCCCCCACCAGAAAGGCCAAGAGCAGGGAAAUAUCUAGAAAUGUCACCCGAAAGACUUCCUUUGCUGCACUACUCAAAAGUCAGCACAGCAAGUGGAAAUUAGCCAACCAGUAUGAGAAAUUCCCCAGUCCAAGGGAAAGAGAAGAGUACAGUGACUGAGGUGGCUCUGUCCAACAUGCAGGCAGCAUACCCUCACCCUGCUCAGUGAAAGAAUUCCAGGGGAAUCUAAAAGCUGAUGAGAGUUGGUAAAGAGGAUGGUCAAGGGAGAUGGCGUUGACCUCGCUGGAUCUUAUGUUACCACAUCCUGGACCUUAGGAGGGUCAUCCAAACUUUUUGAAAGCUGAAGUACUUGAACUAGAGAAACCUAAACAAGGGGCAGAUCCAGGUGCUCAAAAUCCAGGUGGCAUUCUUCCUCUUCCCUUGCCACCAUGGAUCUGGGCACAGUAAGCCACAUUGCUCCCUUGAAGCAGCAGUCCCUGGCCUUGGCUAGAGAGGGAACAGAUGUCGAACAAAAAGAGAGGCAAUUCGAGGAAUUGACGAAGCACAUACAAAAUCCUCUCUGGCUAGGAGCUUUCUGGCUUCUGUUCAUUUGGAGAAUAAAUCUUGGCUGACAGUGGGAAGCACCAGGUUUGAAAUCAGAUGCCUUUAUUUUUCGUUUUUUUGGCAUUGAAAUCAGUGAAAUAAAAUUAUUACUGGAGAGUAAAGUUUGAUUUGAGAGAUUCCCCAGCCCUGUUCCCAAAUCUUCUUUUGAAUGCCAUGCAUGGUGGUUAAUGGGUAAAAUGAUUAAUGCCUCCUUUGCGUCUUCUCACUGAUCAGAGAAGCAGUUGGGUAAGAUACAGCUAUGACUUGGACUCCAUUACCAAGAGAACUGUCAUUCAAGCCCUGCUUUUUUGUAUCAACCCAAAGGGAACUUUCCAAAUGUAAAAACCAUGUGGCUCAUUUGCAUAGUGACUGAAACCAUCUUUCAUGGAAACUCCCUGUGUAACAAACAGAAUUAUCAUUACUAGUUUUCAGUAGGUUUGAAUGACCAACAUUUGUACUCAGAGAAAGAGAGAAAUGAUUUCACUCUGAGGAAACAGUAAGGAUUAAGAGAAUGCAUCCUCACCAGGACUUUCUAAGCUGCUAAAUGUAAUUUUAUUUGCACUAAACUUGUUGCCAAUUAAGAUUAAAUAUUAGCCUUUAAGUAUUGUAUAUCUAACAGGAAGCAUUCCUUUUUAAUUGCUUUGAAGGGAAUGAUUACUUGUGAGUUCAUGGAGUGAGAGAAUGGCUAGUCUAUAAAUGUCAGUAGAACAUCAAGAUUUCAGAAUAAGUUCAAAGAGGGCUGAAAAAUUACAUGUUCAAGUGGAAAUUGUUCAUUUUUUAUGGGAAUGUUUUCAUAUGAUGUGGCAAUGAUGCUGUAUUUUAAGUCUUUUUGUGUUUCUUCUGGUUAUUUUCCCUCACUAAAAGAUCAAUAGAUCUUUAUAAUUUAUUGUA